AAUAAUUCAUCCAUCUCAAAACGUAAGCGGACGCCUUAUGGUCCCCCUUUAGCUCCCGAUUUCUCCGUCGAUUCCUUCUCCCUCUCCAUGGCUCUGUAAUUUCCUGUUUCAGGGGGAGUUUUCCGCAAUUUGGCGGAUGUUUCGGCUUUGAAUGCAGACAACUUUUGGGCUAAAGGAAGGGUGUCUUUGAGUUUUGUUUUCCGAUGAAAUGUUCCCGUUUUGUUUCCGAGGGAUUGUGGAUUAGUAAUAGCUGAGGAUUAUAGAGAUGGGUUUUCAUUUCCAUGGGGAUUGAUUGUGAAGGAACUCUGGUUUUGGUCAAGCUGAGAUUUUUGGGGAUUGCCCGUAAAAUCCCGUCCGUCUUCAUGGGCUUCUCGUCAUUAUUCGGACUUUUGAGUUUUGGCUCUGGGAGAAGUUCUUAGCCUUUCAAAGCAUCUGGGUUUCAGGUGUGGGUGUAGAUAUGGAUGAGGAGGCUAGUUCUUGGAUUCGAAGAACCAAGUUUUCUCAUACGGUUUGUCACCGUAUGGAUUCGUCGAGGUUAGCCUCUGUCCCUUUUACCCUUAACCAAGAGAGGAUUUCUGGAAUGAAGACAAGACCAAAGUCGUCGUCUUCGAACAAGCAGUCAAUGUUUGAUGAUGAUGAUUCAGGGACUCUGCGGAACCCCGUGAGCUCGCAGGCCGACCGAUAUGUUGUUGGUUCGGAGAUUCAGAGAAACCCAGUCACCAAUAAACAGAGGUCUGUAUCUCCAUCACCACAGAUGGUUCUGACCGAUACGUUCAAGGAAGCACGCUCUGAUCGUAAGAGAUUUUCCACUCCACACCCCAGAAGAAGGACAGAGUCGGAGAAAGGAAUGAAGAUGAAGUGGUUCCGUAAAGAUUCACUUGGAAAGAGUUCAUUCAGUUCACGGUCCCCAUCGCAGGUGAAUCCUAUCAGGGAUCUCGGCACGCUGAAAAUUCAAGAAAGGGUCAUCACCAACAUCAAGAAGGAAACUCCAUGGACAAAGUAUUUCGAUCAUGGAGGUCGUAGAGUCAAUGCUGUGGACACGACCGAUGAAUACAGCAUCGAUAUGUCCAAGCUGUUUCUUGGCCUCAGGUUUGCACACGGGUUACAUAGCCGACUUUACCAUGGGAAAUACAAUGACGAGGCAGUGGCUGUAAAGCUCAUAACCGUGCCUGAUGAUGACGAAAAUGGAUGCUUGAGAGCUCGUUUAGAGAAACAGUUUACCAAGGAAGUCACCCUUUUAUCCCGGCUUCACCACCCAAAUGUUAUCAAGUUUGUUGGAGCGUGCAAAGAUCCGCCCGUGUAUUGUAUCAUCACUGAGUAUUUAGCCGAAGGGUCUCUGAGGUCGUAUCUCCACAAGCUCGAGAACAAGACCCUUCCUUUGCAAAGGUUAAUCGCGUUUGCUCUAGAUAUUGCGAGAGGGAUGGAAUAUAUUCACUCGCAACACGUAAUUCAUCGGGAUCUUAAGCCAGAAAAUAUAUUGAUAGAUGAUGAAUUCCACUUGAAGAUUGCUGACUUUGGCAUAGCCUGCGAGGAGGAGUACUGUGAUCUGGUGGCUGAUGACCCGGGAACUUAUAGGUGGAUGGCACCUGAGAUGAUUAAACGGAAACCAUACGGGCGAAAAGCCGAUGUUUAUAGCUUCGGACUCGUUCUUUGGGAAAUGGUUGCGGGAUCAAUCCCAUACGAGGACAUGAACCCAAUUCAAGCUGCAUUCGCAGUUGUCCACAAGAACAUGAGGCCGCCAAUGCCGGAUAAUUGUCCGGCAGCCAUGAGAGCUCUGAUAGAGCAGUGCUGGUCGCAGCAACCGGACAAGAGACCGGAGUUCUGGCAGAUAGUGAAAGUGAUGGAAGAGUUUGAAGCGUCAGUGAGCCGCGAUGGAACCCUAAAUCUGAUCUGUAAGGACCCAAAGAAAGGGUUGAAACAUUGGAUUCAGAAGCUCGGACCAGUUCAUGGCGGGAACUCGACUGGUUCCUCCUCCAUGCCUAAGCCUAAGUUCGCUUGAUUGAAUGUCUCUUUUUUUUUGUGUGUGCACAUCAUUUGCUGUUGUAAUUAAAAAAAAAAAAAAGAGGGUCUUUCGGUUUUGUCUUUGUCGGUAUUGUGGUCUGUGGUGAAUCGCAUUUGCAAACCGGACCGGUUUGGAUUUGUUUAGUAUUAUUGGGAGGUCGUCAGAUUUGGAUUGUGAGUGUGUUCUUUCGUUCGUUA